AAUGGAAAAAAUAAUUAUAAAUAAUAAUAAUAAUAAUAAUAAAAAUAAUAAUAAUAUAACUUUUAUUCAUAAAUUUAAAAAUUUUAAAAAUACAAAAAUAAAUAAUUUUUAAAAUUAAUUUAUAUAAAUUUCUAAUUAAUAAUGCAAUAAUAUAAAGAAAAAUUCAAUUAAUAAUUUAUAAAAUAAAAAUAA